GCGUUCACAGAUAGCGCUGCGGUCUCGAAGCGGCAACGAACAUGGAGGCGGGUGAGACGAUUGAUCGAACACAACGAAAAACGACGAGUGAGUUUUGGAAUCGACGAAAAAAGAUGUGUGCUGGAAGAGGGGAGGGGUGAAGGCGGUGCUGCUCUGUGAUUGGCUGAGUGUUAGAUGGGUGGGGAGGGGGAGUUGAAGCUGCUCCGGGGUACCCCGGCCUCCUACAAAGGAUUCUUGUACACUACUAGACACUCGGUCGUUCCACUAAAACCGUCGACGACUACAAAGGGUGCAAAUUCGUCGUUGGCUGAUCGUUGACGGCGCCCGUAACAACCGUCCGGGGCCCGCACCCCUCCCGCCCCCGCAUAUGUCGUCCACCGACCACUGAAACGGACAUGAGUUCAAAAUUCAUCAUCGAUAGCAUGCUGCCCAAGUACCACCAACAGUACCCGCACCAACUUCUCAACCCGGUCAUCACGUCAUCCUCGGGCUCCACCGAUCUGUCACCGUCAUCUGCGGUCAACUACAGUCUCACCACCAACAAUUCAUCAUCAUCCUCGUCUUCACCGCCCCCGUCUCUGGUGUCCACCGCCUCCAGGAUGUACCCGUACGUGGCACACCACCACAACCACCAACAGGCCGUGGCGGCAGCCGCCUUCGCAUCGAGCACCGGCUCCAUGGUGCCAGGACCCUUCUCCACCCCCAGCAGUGCCCUGGCGGCAGUCGUGGACGCAGCAGCGGCUGGUGACAAGUCGUGUCGCUAUACAGGAAACGUGCCGCCCCCAGAGUCGAUGGUCAACUACUCGCUGCAACACCACAACGGUGCCGCCUCCAGCUCUGUGUCAGCCGCCUCCGCGACUAUGGCCGCUGCUGCUCAGUUCUACCACCAGGCAGCUGCCGCCUCCGUUGCCGCGGAUCCGCUGUCCUCCUGCACGUCACAGGUCGCCUCCGCGGCCACUGGACAGCCCAUGCCUGACAUACCUCGCUAUCCAUGGAUGUCUAUUACCGACUGGAUGAGCCCCUUUGACAGAGUUGUUUGUGGGAGAGGAGACUACCAGUUGGGCCUAUCAUUACCAGGAGCAGGACCGAACGGCUGUCCACGACGCCGGGGCCGACAGACGUACACACGCUUCCAGACCUUGGAACUGGAGAAGGAGUUCCACUUCAACCACUACCUGACGAGGCGACGGAGAAUCGAGAUAGCGCACGCUCUCUGUCUCACCGAGCGUCAGAUCAAGAUCUGGUUCCAGAACAGGCGGAUGAAGCUGAAAAAAGAGCUGCGCGCCGUGAAGGAGAUCAACGAACAAGCGCGCCGCGAACGCGAGGAGCAGGAACGCUUGAAACAAGACAAACAGGCGAAAUUGGGCGGCGAACAUCACCAUGGCAUGCACGUGGGUUUGGACAAAUCGGGCAGUGCUGAUCUCCUAAAGGCCGUCGCCACCAAGACGUAGAAGAAACACUAGUGACUGUGUCCUUGAACUUAUAUAAAUAUAUAAAUAUGACGCUGACUUUAUGUAUCCAUUUUUCUAGUUAGUGAUAGUGAUUAUUACUCGCGGUGCACCUGAAUGUUGCUGGCAAUGUCGAUGGAAUCCGGGGACUUUCUGUUUUGUUCGUAGAUUGUGGGAGUUGAAGUGAAAUAACAUUGAUAAAGCUGAAAGGAGCAUGCUGUUUUUGUGAAAUUUGGAGUGAAAUAAUGUUGAUAAAGUGAGAGGAAACAUGAUUGAAGUUUAAUAACGUUGAUGAAGUGGAAAGGAGCAGAUAGAAGAGAGCAGAAACAUAUAUGAAGUGGAUGGGAAGAAGGGAGAGGAUAGAUGAGAUGAGUGAAGGGGUUGGGGACUCAUGAGGAUGGGAGCAUGAUUCAACGUUGAUGAAGUGGAAAUGAGCAGAUAGAAGAGUGCAGAAAGAUAUAUGAAGUGGAUGGGAAGAAGGGAGACGAUAGAUGAGAUGAAUGAUGGGGUUGAGUAAUCAUGAGGAUGGGAGCAUGAUUCAACGUUGAUGAAGUGGAAAGGAGCAGAUAGAAGAGAGCAGAAAGAUAUAUGAAGUGGGAGUUGUGAAGAAGGCAGUGGAUAGAUGAGAAGUAGUGGAGGGGUUGAGGAAUCAUGAGGAUGGGAGCAUGAUUCAACGUUGAUGAAGUGGAAAGGAGCAGAUAGAAGAGAGCAGAAAGAUAUAUGAAGUGGGAGUUGUGAAGAAGGCAGUGGAUAGAUGAGAAGUAGUGGGAGAGUUGAGGAAUUAUGAAGAUUAGGGAGUAAGAAAAGGCUAAGAGAAGUAGGAGGCAAAUCAAUAGAGAAGAUUCAGGAAUGAGAGACGGCUAAGGAUUAGAAGAAUCUAGGAAAUGAUUUGGACUGAAGAAUAAAGGAGGCUGAAAAUGGAGGAAGCUAAGGUAUAGACUAUACAAAAGGGUACAGUAUGAAGAAGAGUAAAAUGAUUCUACGAAGAGUAAAGGAUGGAGAGUGCAAUAGAUGAAGAAGAGGAUUGUUAGAGAUAAGAAUGAUGUAGAGGUUAGAAGAAGAAGUGGUGGAGUUGAAGAAUAUAUUGAUGUGGAGGUGGAGAAGAGUGGUAAAAAAUUAUACGAAGUAGUCAUACUCCCAGUUCAACAAGGCAUUAAAUGCUUUAGAUAGAAUAUGAGUGUGUAGAAGAAGUACAGAAGAGAUUAGUGGAGAGGGUAAAAGAAAGAGGAAACGUAACUGUCGAUUGUUGAUUGAUCAUUGAUGGGGAGAGAUUUAGAUUGAUGAUAGAUAAGAGUAUCUGUAGAGUAGGAAUAUUCGAUAAGAAGGGAAUUUGAAAGAAAGAUAAAUUAAUAGUGAAAGAUGAGUGAAUCAUGGGGAUCUUCAUAUAUCGUGAAAGAAGUUGAAGAUUGCAGAGGGAGAAGUAAUUAUUGAUAGUGAUGUUAAAAUUGUGGUAGACGAAGAAAAUAAAUCAAGAGAGAAUGAGGGAAGGGGAGGAUCAUGUUGAUUUCAGAUAUAAGUAUAAACAGUUGGUGGUUUGAAAGAAUGAAUUAGGAGGGGAGGGUUAAGAGGAGAUUGAGAAAGACAGGGGAGGAAUUAUAAAUGCGAAAAAACAGAAAACAUUUCGGCGCCAUAGUUUGAUCUCUUUGUCUAAAUGACUUUGUAUUUUCGUCCAGAGGAUAAGAGCUACAUGGAAUUAAAAAAUUAAUAAUCAAGGUCUACAACUGAUGACUGUUGUUUGCAUCAGACAUUGAAUCAAGUCAAUCAUCAAAAAGCUAACAGACUUUUGGUUAGAUCGUAUUUUUGUGUGACUUGGUGGUUGCUAUAACUUUAUGUUAUCUUGACAGAACUGUUGUCAGUCAUGUUAAGAUAACAGAUAUCUUCUAUGAUGGUCGAUUGUCGACUAAUGUUUUAAUUUGAUCAGAUCAUCAUGUCAUUGAAACAUGUGAAUUCUCAUUACUGCAGACAGGAGUGAUUGAUUAAUCAGAAUGUCGGGUUUUUCUUAAUAUUUCGAAUCAGAAACUCUUCAUAACUUCAAUAGCAUCUAAUUUACUGGAGUCUGAUAGCAAGAAAUAUAUCUAAUAUACUGGAUGUCCCUUGAUGCAUAUUGGAUAUGAACCAUUCAAACUUCAAAGACAACUAAAACAAAAUAUACGGUACUUGAGCUGCGUUUACACCACAGUUAAAACGUUUAUUUUUCCGUCCUUAUAGAUUAUAUUAGAUUAAACGGAGCUUGACAAACACAUAUGAAUGUCAUGUGUAUGAUGAGUUAUGUUCAAUUUAAUAUUAUCUAUAAGGACAGGAAAAUAAAUAUUUUGUUAAUAACUUAGACGUGAACGCAGCUUUACUGUAGGUGGUGCAUUUCCCAAAAAACAGACCAAAGUUAAAUUCUACUUUUUCAUCAGUCCUGAAAAUUAUGGAUGCAUCCUUGAUUCUUGUGCAAUAUUAUUAAAUGACAAUCAAGUAAUUCUUAUUAUUUAUUUUGGAAAAAUAGGAAUAUACUAGAUUGGAAUCUUUGAAUUGGAAAAUAGUUCUAGUAUGGGUAGACAUUCUCAAAUUUGAAUUAAUUUUCUCAACAGAUUUAUUCCUGUGUGUAUUUCUCUUGGGAAUUUCAUAGUUAUUACAAUGAUUGUUUCCUUUCCAUUUGAUGAAUCAUUGCGAAGUUAUUGUGAAAAGGUACGAUGAGACAUUCGUUACAGAUUGAUAAUCAAAUAAUGGGGUUGAAAUCUCAGUAUGGUUUCACUGGUACACGCGCAUUUCAAAGCGGAAACUUCAGUUUUGAAAAUACAUUCAUGAUCUGAUCAAAUUAUUCCACAAUUAUUCUGGAAAUUCCAACGAUCUAUGUCAUUCUCCAUUCUAAAGACUAACUUCAGAUACGUACAUGUAAAUAGAUAAGCAAUAAUAUUAAGUUUUUAACAUUUGAACAAAUUGUUGAUGGAGAAAUUUCCUGUUAUGGUGUACUUCUAAAUUGAAUUGUUUGUCACCAUCAUGGACAAAAAUCAAGUUCAACAUAAUUCAAAGCAUGUAAAUCAUGCUUAAAAUCGACUUAAUGUGCAUUUUCGUUAGUAGGCAGUAGAUCAUGUUUACCAUGGACUAUAUUAUAUUCACGUAACGAAACGAUAAUAAUAUUCUAUUGUAUUUGUAUUGCUCAGUGUAUAUGUUGUGUUAUUGAAGAGUGUUGAAAAACAAUGUUCCCAAUUAAUUGAGUUCCAACGAACAGUUUAGUAUUUUUCUAUACCUAGCCUAUAUACAUAGACGGUAUGAUUAUAGUUCUCUUUUAUUAUUAAAGUAAUGUAUGGAUGAAGCUUUAUUUCAAAUAUUUCGUUUCGUUUGAAAAUUAUUGAAUUAUUGUGUUCAUUAUAUAAGUUUGUGUUUUGAAUGGAAAGUAUGUUAUAUUAUGUUUUUGUUAAAUUAUCUAUUGUGUUUGUUUUAUGGACUAACAAAUUUUAAUUAUUGAUGUUUUGUGUUCUCAUUAUUAUGUUCUUAAACAGAGAUCUUAUCUCUACUGUUGAUUUUUCCACCAUGUUCAAUAUUAAACGUUAAUCAAUUCAUUUAGGAAAUUAUCAUACUUAAGGCUUAAACAGGUCACCUAAAUCGAGUAUCAACAAUAAUUUUGAGUACAAGUCUUCUCUUCAUCUUUCAAUAAAUUUUCUGAUGAUUUUUGCAAACCUUGGAACAAAAUUGAGGCUCUUAAAUUCUUUGUCAUCUGAUAUGAUUGAGUAUAACAAAAAUUUAAUACAAUAAGCAGCUAGAGAGCUGAUAGAAGAAUGGUUUAUUCAAAUUUUAGAAGAAAAUCAUCAUCUUUUAUACUAUAUUUCCUGUCUUAUACGUAAUCUUGAUGUCAGGGUAGUGAAUGAUUGUUUAUGUAUAUACUAAAAUUCGAAUGAGAGUUGAGGAAAAAUCGAGAAUUUUAGACUACUAUUUUAGAUAGUAUUUAUUCCAAGAGUGAUUCAAAACCUGUGUGAUAGUGUAUAGGGCUAGCAUUUUCUAAAAUUUUGAAACACAUGUUUAAGAAAACAAUUGGUAGAUCCACCUCCAUUGAUUCCAAUCAAGAUUAUGAUUUCUCAAUUUUAUCUGGAAUUCGAUUCCUAUUCAAUUAUAAACAUGUUUUUAUUGUAACUCUUCUCACUAGAUGUGCUUAACAUAAUAUACGUAAGAUAACAAUCAUUUAAUUUUCAAGUUAUUGAGAAAUUACUCGUUUCAAUGAGAAAUUCUACAAAUUGAGGUAGCCAGUAACUUUCAAAUACUAAUAAUUAUCGUUAAGAUUUUAUUCAUCCAGGAGAAAAACUAGAAUGGGCGAAAUAACCAGAUAUCCUGACAUGAACAAAAUUAUAUUUGAUUUCGAGAGUAAACUAUUAUUUUGUCAGAUCAAAAACAGAAUCCUUCCAUAAAAUUUAUCACAGAAAAUUGUGAUUCCAGAAUGGAAAUAAUAUACGUAAUUCGAUAUUAGUACAAUUUUCAAGAGUAUUAGCUCUAAAUUUGGAACAAAAAUUAUAUUUAUAUAGGAUUAUUUUGAAUAAUGUCUUAUUGUAAUGUGAAGCAUUAUCUUUUCUCUUGUCAAAUUUGUGUGAAUGGAUAGAUGUGAACAUUUUAGAGGUUAUGAGUCAACAUGUAAUAUUUAGAGUAGUUAGAUGAUGAAUGAAUGUUAGAUAGUAAUAGGCUGAAUAUAAAAAUGAUAUAAUAAUAGUUUUUGAUAAGUAAUACCCCCUCGCAUAGUGAUUAAUUUGAAUUCAUUUUUUGGGACUUUGUGGAGACAAACCUCAAAAAGGAAAAUCAAAUUGAUUGCUAACUUGCAACACACGUAAUUUGUUUGUAAUAAUUCUUCUGCUGUGAAAGGGGUAUUACUCUAUAUAAAGAACUUCUCUUCACCGAAUUAAUACUACCCAUUCCAAAAUCAUCUUCCCGGUAAGACUAACGGAAAUCAUACUUGUCUUAUCAAAACAUAACGUGGUCUGUUCAUUUUAUAACUUGAAGAUAGCAAAUUGAAUUUUCAUCAUUCAGAGAAUUUUCUAUAAUUUGAAAACAUUUUCAGAUACAAUACAACCCUUGAUAGACCUAAAAGAUAUCACCCUGAAUAUGAAAUUUGGGGGCUUAUUUCUUCAAGUUUUCUAUAAAUUGACUCCAAUCAUAGAUUUUUUGGGAAAAAUCCUUUUUCUCCUCCAGUGAUGACAAACGUAUUCUUGUAAAUAUUCAUGCCAUAGGGAAGUUUAAUCUUGUUCUAUAGGUGUAUAAUCGUAUUGUGUUGAUAAUUUUAACUCAAUAAUAAUUAGCUGACAGAUUGAUUAUGUCAAUAAAAUACGUAAAUUGGAUUGAAUAGAAGCGCAAUGAAAUUAAUAAAAUGCUAUUUGAUUGUGUCCUAGCUUUAAAAUAUGUAUUAUAAUAGAGAGAAAAGCUUUUUCCGGUGUAAAAUUAAGUUUUCGUUUUAUCUUUUCUCUUGUUACUAUGUUCUGAUAUAUUUCAACGCAUCUUCGGAAAUUAUUCUUGUUUUGUUGAAUUUUUAUAAAGUUUUCUACAAUAGUAAAAUGUUUUUGUACUGUGAGAACAAAAUAUUAUUCAAAUCUUUGAAUUAUUUUUGUUGUAUGAAACUGGGCACUGUGCUUUAAUGUUAUUAUUAAGUUAGUAUUUCUGUUUGUUUGAUUGUUUUUCUAAUUCUGUUUAAGCUCUCGUAUGUUUGUAUUGUACGUAAUUCUAGUUGUAAGGAAUGCCAACGAAGAACCUAAGUAAAAAUAAAAAGUCCAAGACUAUUUUAAUCGUACUGUGUAUUAUUAUGAUUAAUCUAUCUGUUGAUCAUAAACCUUUUUUAGAAAUCAGUAGCCAUCUUAUUUUCGUUGUGUAAAUAAGGUUAUGUAAACAAUAUAUAUGAAUAUUAUAAAAUUAAUUUAUUUGAACA